CUGCAAGGGGCGAUAGACAUGCUUUGGUUUCACUUUUCAAGACUUGAACAAGUUUGACCUUUAAUUUUGACCUAUUGAUGGCGCUUGCACUUUUUAACAGUCAUGUCAAACAUUUGAUGGAGUCGAGUGUUGUGCACUGAGGGUCUACUAGCCGACGUGGGACUUUCUGGAAAGCUGCAAUUGGGAAGUUCUUACUUCCUUAUUUCCCAGCAUUAAAAUGAAAAGUCACCAAUGAUUUUCACUCUUAUAGUCGGAUCUAUUAACUAUGUUAAUAAUCCUCGCUGUCGUGGUUUAGUUCGUUUACGAACGGUUGGACGUCGAACGGAGUUUAAUAUCUAUAAUGACCUUGUUUAACCACCUUUUACUCAGAUGUACAGAAAUAUGAAGAUGUUGGUUUUAUUUUUCGUCCCGUUACUCGUGGAUGAUGGAGUGUUUGGUGAUGAUACAGUGAAGACAUUAUCAGUGAUGGAGGGAGAUUCUGUUACUCUACAAACUGAAGUUACUGAAUUAAAAAAAGCCGAUCUGUCACUGUGGACAUUUGGACCCGAAAGAACUCGUAUAGCUCAAAUCAACAGACAGAUUAGUAAGAUCUCAUAUUAUGAUGGGCUUAAUAAGAGAUUCAGAAACAGGCUGCAUCUGGACAAUCAAACGGGAUCUCUGACCAUCACAAACACCAGAACCGAACACACUGGAGCUUAUGCAUUUUUACAGAUCAUUGAUGGAAAAUAUGUCCCACCCAAGAAAUACAAUGUUACUGUUUCUGCUCGUCUGCCUGUUCCUGUCAUCAGCAGCAACUCUUCACAAUGUUCUUCAUCAUCAUCAUCAUGUUCAUUGGUGUGUUCAGCUGUGAAUGUGAGUCAUGUGACUCUCUCCUGGUACAAAGGAAACAGUUUAUUGUCCAGCAUCAGUGUGUCUGAUCUCAGCAUCAGUCUCUCUCUACCUCUGGAGGUGGAAUAUCAGGAUAAAAACACCUACAGCUGUGUGCUGAACAAUCCCAUCAGCAACCAGACUCAACAUCUGGACAUCACUCAACUCUGUCACACAUGUUCAGCACCAGGUUUGUCUACAGGUUAUAUAAUGCUGGUUUGUGUUUGUGCUCUGGCUAUGGCUGCAGGAUUGUGUGGUUUUUACUAUUACCAUCAACGGAAGACGUCUAAUCAAGCAGAUCAAGGCGGCCAACCUGAUGGAAUAGAACUUAUUGUUAGUCCAGCUAAUGGCCAGCUGAAUGGAGAAGAAUAUACUGUUUGUUCAGCUAAUGGUUCAGUUGUUGAAAAAGAUGAAAUCAAGACCUUAUUAGUGAUGGUAGGACAAUCUCUCACUCUACACACUGAUGUCACCGAAAUACAGGAAAAUGAGCUGAUAUGCUGGAAGUUUGCUGAUUCCAAAGGAUGCCAUUGUGCUGAAUUUGUUGUCAUAGCUAAAUGGGAUAAAACCAAUAAUGAGGAAUACUUAUAUAAUGAAGAAAGAUUCAAAGACCGUUUGAAACUGGACCACAAAACUGGAUCUCUCACCAUUACAAAAGUCAUACCUAAACACUAUGGACAUUAUAAACUACACAUCACCAGCAACGGACAGAUCAUCUCAAAGACGUUCAAUGUUGUUGCUCAUGUUCAAAAGAAAAGAAAUCGAACCCAGAGGAGAAAAACCUCUCCUGUAUAAUGCAAGAGGACCAUAAACACUGGAAUAUUUGAAUUCCACGGACAAAAACAAGAAACAUCCUACUUUUAUUAUGACAAAAUUCGCUAAUGACAGAAGUAAAGUUGAGCAUGCAACACAAGCUGACCUAAAACACAGUGUAUGUUUUGUCACACCUCUAUUUGUGAGGAGACAGUUUCUAUUAUAACCACAACAGUAUUUUAAAACCGUUGGACUGUUAUCACACUUGUAUGAAAAGGCAAGGUGAAGCGCCUCCUGGAGUCAGUGUUAUAUUUGUUCUACUGUGUAUAACAGCAAAAAAGGGACAUUUUAUAUUUUCUGCAUUUUUUUCCCGCCCUGGAAGGGCAACAUACAUAAAAGUAUUUGCAGUUUUCACUGUAUAAUUAGCAAAUAGUAGGCGGUUUAGUUUUUAGUAACUUUUGUAAGAACUGAUAAGAAUAUUUUAGGAUCAUUGUUUUUCCAACAAGGAAAAAGUAAAUCUGGGGGAAUAAAAUACUUUACCAGAUGAUUACAACUUACUGUAAAAUGGAAUCAACUGCAGUCGUUCAGUGUUUUCAUGCUUUUUAUAUGUAAAAACAUUUUUAAUAUAUAUAUACAUUUUAAACUUUUUUAUAUUUGUACAGAUUUGUAAAUUGUAUUUUAUUGUAAUGCUACUUAAGCUAAAUUUUUAUAUAUAGCUAUUAAAACCUAUUUAUUUAUACAAA